CCGAUCCCAUACGCAACGCCCCACAGUAAUAUGCUCCAACCAAUUGGCCAUAAACUACAAAUUUCAUAAAUAGCAAAUAGGAGAGAGAAUACAGAAAAAGAAAAGAAAAGAAAAGAAAAGAAAAACCAUUAACCCAGCACCAGUAUUUCCCACAAAACAACCCUUUUUGAGUGCUCUCUCUCUCUCUACCCAUUUCUGCUCCUUACUUUCUUCUCUAUCAUCUGUACCGUACUCAUCUUCUUCUUCUUCUUCUUCUUCUUCUUCAUUCUCAUCAGAAUUGUAGAGUUGAGAAAUGGAGUGCAUUGAAGCAAGAGCACUGAAGUCAAGUUUCCUCUCAGAAUCAUCCAUGAAACCAACCCAGCAAGCUUUCAUCGAUGAAUUUCUGUCUGUGAAUGGAAUUAACGGCGUUUCGUGCGACGAUUUUUCCGUUGAUGUUUUUCUCGACCUCUCGAACGAAUAUUUCAAGGACGUGUUUGUUGAACAAGAAGAAUCAGAAGAAGACAAGGAUGAGAAAGAUGAGAAGGACUCUCUCUCCGUAUCUUCUCAGGACCGAGUCGAAGAUAAUAGUUACAGCUUAACAACUUUUUCAGGCACGGACGAACUAGCCGUUCCGGCCGAUGAUUUGGAGAACCUUGAAUGGUUGUCUCAAUUUGUGGACGAUUCUGUCUCAGAAUUGUCUCCUUUGUCUCCCGUCGGUAGUUUCAAUGAGCAAACCGGAAGCAAUUCGUUGAACCGGAGUGAACAAUCGAGUAGACCGGCGAUUCAGAGAACACCGGUUCUGUGUUUUCCGUCUCUGGUUCCUGCAAAAGCCAGAAGCAAACGGUCGAGACUUAGUGGUGGAGCUUGGUCACGCAGUUCGAUGUCUCUCAGUGAGUCGUCUUCUUCAACGACUUCAUCUUCAACCGGUUCUUCACCAACCUCAGUUUUCAUUUUUCCGAACCCGGUUCAGGCCAUGGAGAUUGUUGGUAGAGUUGGGAAACCGCCUGUGAAGAAGCAGAAGAAUAAAAAAACGGCGGUUGGCGAGACGGGUGGGUCGCAGAAUCAGCGGCGGUGUAGCCAUUGCCAGGUUCAGAAGACCCCUCAGUGGCGAACCGGUCCACUUGGUGCUAAAACACUAUGUAACGCUUGUGGGGUUCGAUAUAAGUCCGGUCGGCUUUUUCCAGAGUAUAGACCGGCAUGUAGUCCGACUUUUUCCGGCGAUGUUCACUCCAACAGUCACCGGAAAGUGCUGGAAAUGCGGCAGAAGAAGGAGGUCGCCGGAGCCGAGUCCGCGUUGACUUCAACGGUUUGGAGUUUUUGAGACUAAUCAAUGUAGAUUAAUUAGACUAGGGUGGAGUUGGAACCGGGGUAGGUUAAACCCGGUUGAGUAGUUGUAACAAUCUCAUUCAAAUUGUAGUGCAAUUUUGGUGGUGGGCUCUUGUAGCGUUGUCACGGAAUUUAGGGAGGUUUUAUUUAAUUUUUAGAUUUGUAGUCUUAAAUUUUUUUUUUGGUUGGUGGGUUUCACUCUAUCAUUUUAUUUGUAGUCCUUUAGAUUAGUUAAAUGAAGAGUCAUCAAAAUAGGUUUAGUUAUCUCGUGUUCACUGUUCUUCUUUUGAAUAUGUAAAAAAAUUUAAAAUUUCAAAAACGGUUCAGCGGUUUAAAA